AUGGAAGAAGAACAAUUAGCUUAUAACUCUGACUCGGGAGAAGAACAUGUCGACAUUGAUGCUAUGUCUGAUGAUGGUGGGGCCUAAGUAGGCUGGAUCAAGUGGUUCUGCUCUUUAGAGGGUCACGAGUUCUUGACUGAGAUUGAUGAAGAUUUUAUCAAAGAUCAAUUCAAUCUUUAUGGUCUAUAAGCCACCUUCCCCAAGGAUAAGUUCAAGACUUGCGUCAAGAUGAUAUUGUCACCACUUGCACCAAAUGAAGAGGAUUUAGCUGAUGAGCAUUUCCUAGAGCUCAAUCAAGAAGCAAGUGACUUGUAUGGACUUAUUCAUUCCAGAUACAUCAAUACCCCAAGAGGUAUUGCAAAAAUAUACUAGAAAUUCCUCUCAGGUGUUUAUGGUUAUUGCCCUCGAGCCCUCUGUGAUAAGCAGAAAGUCUUGCCAGUAGGAUUAAGCGAUUCACUCAAAACUUCUAGAUUCAAGGUCUUUUGUCCCAGAUGCGAAGAGGUUUACCUACCUAAAUUUAGAAAUGUCAAUAUCGAUGGAGCUUACUUUGGUACAAGCUUCCCCCAUGUUUUCCUCAAACACUAUCCAGAAGCUGUAAUUCUUCCACCUAAGAUCUACUUAUAUGAACCUAAGAUCUAUGGAUUCAAGAUCUGUGGAAAGAGAGGUUCUAAGUAUCACAAGCCAGCUGAAGGAACCAUCAAGUACGUUGAAGAUUCCCUCACUGGUAUAGACAAGGAAAAACUUUACAAAGAAUUCAAGUCAUAAAAUAAAGAGAAUUCAGGUUCAUAAUAGCAACAAUAAACUGCUACUGCUGAUUCAGCUAGAGGCGUUUAGACCUAACUUAAGAACCUUAAUCUAGGAGCAGAGCAAAGUACUAAGACCUAGAUCAAUUUUAAUUAAGCAUCUCAAAAUCCUUCAACAACUAGAAAAGACGGAAAUGAAGAUAGUGAAGCAUCUGUUAUCAACUAAGGUGGAAAGAACAAGAAGAAAAAUAAGAAGAAUAAAAACAGGCAAUGA